AUGGAUGAAUAUUUGAUUUCUACAAUUAACAAGCUGCAAGAUGCUUUGGCUCCAUUAGGUGGUGGUUCUCAAUCACCAAUUGAUUUGCCACAAAUUACUGUUGUCGGUUCCCAAUCUUCUGGUAAGUCUUCGGUUUUGGAAAAUAUUGUCGGUAGAGAUUUCUUACCAAGAGGUACCGGUAUUGUCACCAGAAGACCAUUGGUUUUACAACUGAUUAAUAGAAGAGCCGCUAACGAUGAUUCAAGUUCAAAUGAUAACGUUAAAUCUACCACCAACGAACUACUUGAUUUAGAUUUAGAUGAUAAAAAAGCAAAAGCAUAUGAAAAAAAUAAUAAUUCGAAUGCAGUAAAAGGACAAGCUGAGGAUAAUCAAGAUGAAUGGGGUGAAUUUUUACAUUUACCAGAUAGAAAAUUCUUCAAUUUUGAAGAAAUUAGACAAGAAAUUGUCAGAGAAACUGAUAAAGUUACAGGUGGUAAUCUUGGUAUUUCUUCGGUACCAAUCAAUUUAAGAAUUUAUUCUCCUCACGUUUUGACUUUAACUUUAGUUGAUUUGCCAGGUUUAACUAAAGUUCCAGUUGGUGACCAACCUCCUGAUAUUGAAAGACAAAUCAAAGAUAUGUUAUUAAAAUAUAUUUCUAAACCAAAUGCAAUUAUUUUAUCAGUUAAUGCUGCUAAUACAGAUUUGGCAAAUAGUGAUGGUUUGAAAUUAGCUAGAGAAGUCGAUCCAGAAGGUACAAGAACCAUUGGUGUCUUGACUAAAGUCGACUUAAUGGACCAAGGUACUGAUGUCAUCGACAUCUUGGCUGGUAGAGUCAUUCCAUUGAGAUAUGGUUAUAUUCCAGUUAUAAACAGAGGUCAAAAAGAUAUCGAACAUAAAAAAACUAUUAGAGCAGCAUUGGAUGAUGAAAGAAAAUUCUUCGAAGGUCAUUCUUCUUAUUCCUCAAAAGCGCAAUAUUGUGGUACUCCAUAUUUAGCUAAAAAAUUGAAUUCCAUUUUAUUACAUCAUAUUAGACAAACUUUACCUGAAAUUAAGGCUAAAAUUGAAGCUACUUUAAAGAAAUAUCAAUCUGAAUUAUUUAAUUUAGGUCCUGAGACGAUGGACUCUUCUAAUUCUAUUGUAUUGAGUAUGAUUACUGAUUUUUCAAAUGAAUAUGCUGGUAUCUUAGAUGGUGAAGCCAAAGAGAUGUCUUCAAAUGAAUUAUCUGGUGGUGCCAGAGUUUCUUUUGUUUUCCAUGAAGUUUUCAAAAAUGGUAUUGAUUCUUUAGAUCCAUUUGAUCAAAUUAAGGAUUCCGAUAUUAGAACUAUUAUGUAUAAUUCAUCGGGUUCUGCUCCUUCUCUAUUUGUUGGUACUGAAGCUUUCGAAGUUUUAGUUAAACAGCAGAUUAAAAGAUUCGAAGAACCUUCUUUGAAAUUAAUCUCAUUGGUGUUCGAUGAAUUAGUCCGUAUGUUAAAGCAAAUUAUCAAACAACCAAAAUAUUCUAGAUAUCCAGCCUUAAGAGAAGCCAUUUCAAACCAAUUCAUUGAAUACCUAAAAGAAGCUAUAAUCCCAACAAAUGAGUUUGUUGUGGAUAUCAUUAAAGCGGAAGAAACAUAUAUUAACACCGCACAUCCUGAUUUAUUAAAAGGUUCACAAGCUAUGGCUAUGGUCGACGAAAAACUUCAUCCACGUCAAGUUGCUGUUGACCCAAAAACAGGUAAACCAUUACCAAACAGUGCUGCAGUUCCUGCUACUCCUGCUGUUCCAUCACCUGAAGAAAAAUCUGGCUUCUUUGGUGGUUUCUUCUCAUCUAAAAACAAAAAGAAGUUGGCUUCAUUAGAGUCUCCACCUCCAGUUUUAAAGGCUACAGGUCAAAUGACUGAUAGAGAAACAAUGGAAACUGAAGUUAUUAAGUUAUUGAUUAGCAGUUAUUUCAACAUCGUCAAGAGAACUGUCGCUGAUGUUAUUCCAAAAGCUUUAAUGUUAAAAUUAAUUGUAAAGAGUAGAACAGAUAUCCAAAAAGUUCUAUUGGAAAAAUUAUAUAAUGAAAGAAAUAUUGAAGAAUUAACCAAGGAAAACGAUGGUACUAUACAAAGAAGAUUAGAAUGUAAGAAGAUGGUUGAUAUUUUAAGACAUGCCAGUGAAAUUGUCUCAUCUGUUUGA